AGGACUACCAGAUAUUACGCGCCACAGCAGUACUUCACAUUAUGUGCAUGAAGCAGAUUAGCGUGGUUGGUGCAAAGUUCAGCAUGGAAGCCCUUUACCUCACAAUAGGGCCGCAGUCCACGAGGUCUACCGGUGAAGCCUGAAUUGUUGGAGACUACUGGCUGGGCGCUGCCGGCGGAGGCCUAAAGCAUAAUGGAGAAGUACGAGUUCCUUAGCCGCACGGGCGAGGGAGCUUACGGGUCUGUAUGGCGAGCGCGGGAUAAGAACACCGGUGUGAUGGUAGCUGUCAAGAAGAUGAAGGACGUGCCCUCCACGGAGGAGGAGGGCGAGAUUGCGAUGCGGGAGGUUCGGGUGCUGCAGCUGGCGAAGCACGUGAACGUCGUCAACCUGCUGGAGGCGUACAAGAGCCAGAGCGGCCGGCUGUACCUCGUGUUUGAGUACGUGGAGCGCACACUGCUGCAGGAGCUGAAGGCCAACCGCAGCGGCCUGCCCCCCGCGGUCGUCAAGUCGGUCACCUGGCAGCUGCUGCAGGCGCUCAGCUACCUGCAUCGCAAGCAAAUCAUUCAUAGAGACGUCAAACCGUCAAAUAUCCUCAUUACGGAGAGUGGAGUGUUGAAGAUUUGUGACUUUGGUUUCGCGCGCCCCUGCUCCAACGCGGCCGCGGACCCCGCCUACACCACUUACGUGGUGACCCGCUGGUAUCGCCCUCCGGAAGUGCUGGUGGGCGACUCCUACGGGCCGCCAGUGGACAUCUGGGCGCUGGGCUGCAUCUUUGCGGAGAUGCUGGUGGGCCGUCCGCUCUUCCCCGGCAAGAACCACCAUGACCAGCUGUGGCUCAUCCUCAAGUGCCUGGGCCGCAUGACGGAGCGGCAGCUCGACCUGCUGGACGCCGACCCGCAGUUUGCGUGCUUCAGACUGCCGUCGCAGUCGGAGAUUGACCCGCUCGAAAACAGGCUGGGCAACGUGGGGCCGGCCGCCAUGCAGGUCCUGCGCGCCUGCCUGCAGCCCGACCCCAAGAAGCGCGCCUCCGCGGACGAGCUGCUGGCCAUGCCCUUCUUCCAGGGGGUCACGGAGCUGCUGCCCGUCAGCGACCUCAUGGCCUACCCGGACCCGGACAUGCGUGCAAAGCUGGAAAAGGCGGUAGCCCAGGAUCAGGCCGCAGCCGCCGCUGCCGCAGCAGCAGCACCAAUCACCGUGCCUUCCAGGAGGGAAAGCCCCGUGCCGCCCUCUGGCAGCAAGCGCCCGCUGGCGCGCCCAAGCAGGGAGCUCGUCCAGCCGCCUCCACCACUCCUAACUGCUUCCACCUCGCCGCAGCGGCCGCCGCCAAAGCAGCAGCAAGCGCAAUCGCAGCGGAUAGAGCAACAACCGCAACCCCAGCAGCAGCAACAACAACAGCAGCAGCCUCAAGAGCAACAGCAGCCUUCGCAGCAACAAGGCAGCCUUCCAACAGCCUGCAAGGCCGCCGGCGCUGCUGUUUCGACUGCAAACGCGAAGCCUGAGCCAUGCUCCGAAAUUUUUCGGCCGCCGCUGCAGCGACACAUCACCGCGCCGCCGGGCAGCCUAGCCGGCAGGGCGCACUGCCAGCCACUGCAGCCGCUGUCAGACCACAGUCACUAUCUGCCGCAGUCACACCGCUCGCGAUCCAGCGCCGACGGUUCCUCCCAGCAUGGUUCCCCACCCAAGGGGCAACCCACGGUGUUAGCCAACGGAAUCGGCCCUCCUGGAAUCGGGCCCGCGCUGGGGCCCGCGCGCGGGCGGCCCUGGCGGGGCAGCGGCGACGGCUCGGGUGAUUUUGCGAUUGGCGCGCACCCCGCCACGCUGAGGCAGCUGUCCGGGCCUCAUUUGUUGCAGCCGCACGCCUCCGCAGCACUGGGAGGCGGCCCGGGGGUGUCCGAUCCGUGCCGCCUGGGCUCGGAGGCGCUGCUGCGGCCGUCCACCCAGAGGACGACAUGGAACGGCAUGGCAACGUUGCCUCGUUCCGGCGGCUCUGGGGACAGCAGUGGUGGUGGGAGCGGGAGUGGAGGUGGUGGUGGAGGCGGAGGCGCGGCGGGAGGUGGGAUACAGGGAGGAGGAAUUGCGCUACCACAUCCCUCUCUCAGUGCCUCGCAGGGCAAUCCCAUUCCCCCCGCCAAUCAAGAGGCGGUCUCCGUACAGCGUAGAGCGCAGUCCUCAGCCGGUGCCGAGCCCACCGCGCCCGGCUCCAACGCAACCGCAAGCGGGCGCAGCAGCACUCCUGCUAUCGGCGGGCUGCAGGGCCGCAGCCUGGCACCCCACCUUGGUUCCGGGGGCAUCAGCACCGCAACCACACAGCCGCUGCAGCUGACGCCAUCAUUGCAGCUCGGGGGCCUUCCCAACGUUCCCCACCGCUUCACCCCAUCGCCCCCGCCCGGAUACAACGGUACAGGGAACGGCAGCACGCUGCGUAUUGGCAACUCCGUGCCCAUGUCGCUGCCGGCAGGAAUCACGAGCCGCACCAGUCAUGACGGCAGCGGCGCCCUGCAUGCGCCUCCGCACCUGGCCGCGCUGGGCAGCAGCAGGCACCACCCCUCCCUGGCAGCGGUCGGGUCAGCGCCCCACGGCAGCAGUGCACCCGUGCAGCCGGCUGCACCCAUAGCAGGGGAGUCGGAUUCGCCAGAUAGCACAGGCAGCACUUCCGAGGCGCCCCAACCUAGUAACGACGGCCGCCGUGCCUCGGACACAGUGCUGUACGCGACGCUGGCCCUCAAGGAUGCGAGAGUACGAUUGGAUAAGGUUUCUGCCGCGAAUGCCGGGACAGGCAGACCGCCGCCAUGCGCACCGGACGGCCCACCGCUCUUGACGCCGUCCGGCGGCAGCGGCGGCGGGGCCUCAUCUCACCCUUUGGGCGCGCUACGGGUGCCCUCCUUUCAACGCAACUCGGGCCCCGCAUCUGUAGGACCCCCCUCCCCGGACUGCCCCAUGCCGCCCCCGAACCUGCCUCCGUUGCAGCACACCCCGCAGCGGCGCCCGUCCGCACCCGAGCCCUCGGUCAUGGUGGUGCUGGGGACGGGUGCGGGCGUGCCUUGCGGCGGCGGCGGCGGCAUUGGCCGGGGAGCUUCGUGCUCGAUGCUUCCUGUGAACGGUGUUGGGUAUCCUCAACGGCAUAGCCUGAGGCCGCAGCAGCAGUCUGGCAACGGCGACUUGGCAGAAUGUACGGACGGGGCCAGUAACUCUCACGUGGUGCUGCCCUCCCUGGACCUCGGCGCCGUGGGGAAGGCCUCACGGGUAAGCGCCAGCAUGGUUCCGGGCGUGGGGGUUGCGCGUCGUCCGAGCAAGAACAGCAUGCGCCUAGCUGCGGCAGAGGUUGCGCAUUGUAAGCGAGAAGAGGCAUCGAAGGUGCUUGCUUUAGAGGCGGUUCCGGAGGCGGGCGUCCUGUGAUAUCAAUGGUACGUCGUCCCUAAGGCCCUUAGUACUUAAAUUCGUGUAGUGUAUGUGUGCGACACGGCGUCGCAUACCUUAAAUGCCGUAUGCUCUUAACGUAAUAAACAAUUGGUAGCACACUGACUGAGUUGAUGGGAUUGAUGAAGACCAUGCUUAGCGUUAACCUUAUUGCGCUGGUCAGAAGCGCGUUUCGUUUCGACGGGAGAGAUGACUGCGUACAUAGCGGACUGCGAGGAGUGGGUGAUUAAGGGGGUGAUUCGGUUAUAAGUUAAGGACCUGCUAGCUGUUUUGCCGCAAGGGCACGAUUAUAGUUAUGUCUCUCUUUUACCAUCAGCCCAAGGGGUAACCCGGUCUGCCGAUGUAGAUAUCAACGUAACGAUCUUCAUUAGACAUCUACUUACAACCGCUGACGGCGGGGCGGCAAACAGUUGACGUAUUUCGGGCAUUGUUGCCCCAAAGCGGGAUGCCUUGCUAUGUUGCAUGUUCAUUGUUGCAAUGACUUGGACCUGUCGCGGGGGCUUCACCCUUUUAGAUGUUGACUCGCGGUUGACAGUUGGGCUAAUUCUUUGCUAUUUAGGACGAGGUUGCGCUCCCUGCCGUAAUACGAGUGCAGUGUCGAUGGGCUUUGAAAACUAGAUUUCUUAACCUGCAUGGUUGUUGGUGGUUGAACGGUGCAUGCAUGGCGUUAGGUAUGGAGUUGCUUUUGCAAUUCUCAUGCAGCCAAUCAUAGUCGUGCCGCAGCGAUAGCCGCAAUGAAAUGCUUGUUGCACUAGUGCGGGAGAGGUGUUGGUUUCAUCGCAUGUGAUAAUGGGUGAGGCAGCAUUCAGGGGUGUUGCAUCUAAGCAGUUUCGAGGAAGCUUGCUGGUGUGCUAUUCCAUUGGAUGGAUGCGGC